AUGUUUGUCCAGAAGUUCUUGGCCUUACUGGCACUCUCUUGCGCCCUUCUGCUCAACUCUCCUGUACGCGCAGACGAUAUUGACAACGCGGAUUGGCAUGCCGGAUUUGAGAGGCACGAAGAUAAAGCAGAUCCGCACGCUAUAUUCAUGGGUCGGGAUAAUGGAAUGAGUCGCCGCCAAAAUACCGGCACUGGAGGAUCCAGUGGGGGAGGCCCAGGAGGUUCUGGUUCUAAUUUUGGCUCUGGCGGCGGUAGGAGCUCGAGUGCCGCUGUUGGAGGCUCGACAGUUACUCUAUCUGCGGUAGUUGUUACGCCACAGCCUACGACAAGUGGACUUUGCGGAGUGGCAAGCGCUCUCUGUGCUGCUUGCCCAGCGAGUAUGAGUACAACAACAGUCACAGUAAUCAGCUGUCCCAGCUCUUCUGCAUCUGGGGCGACCGGAGGAGCUACAGCUAGCAGCUCCCCCAGCAGCAGUCGGGCGGCCGCUACCCAGAGCUCAGCGCCAGCGGGCAGAUUGUUCUCGUUUGUUUCGUCCUCCGCGAUCUCAGGCUCCAGUUCGGGAGGUACACCUACCGGUCUAAUCACCGGCAUCUCAACGCCCCUACUUCCCGGCUUCAGCAGCACCGUCCCCCCUAGUGCGAGCAGCAGUACUCUGCGAACACUGCCAACAUCGACAGAAGCUGCCGGUGCGGCAUCCGGACUUGCAAGUUCGCGUGCCGGGGGGUCCUCGGUGACACCUCGGGCAGUUAUUCCCGCUGGCAUCGUUCGCCGUGGGGUACUAGGGAAUAUGACGGCGUUCUUCACCAACACGACUAGCCCCCUUUCCAACUCUACGAGCACUCUCAACCUUACAAGCAUUAGUACGACAUUGACGUCCACUCAGCUGCAGACUGGAGGAGUCUUUCCACGUUUCCCCCGCAUCAGGUACAGAAAUUGA